GCGGAGGGGCCGGGCGGGCGGGCGGGCGGGGCUGGCUGAGGCCGCCGCCGCCGGACCGAGUGGCUUGUCCCUCGGCCUCUGAGACCCGGCCGCACCGUACGCCCCCGGGUUGGAGCUGCUUUCUCAGACCUUCUCAUCUGGUGCUCGCCCGGCGUUGGUAGGGAAAGGCCCAGAACAUGAGUGCUGUCCCAUUGUGCAGGAAACUGAGACACAGAAGUGAAGACGCUCGGCUAGGAACGCACAGCAAGGUCAGAGCUAACCAAGAAGCAUACAGAAACCAAACCAUGGAUCCACCUGCCCGGAAAGAAAAAUCCAAAGUUAAAGAACCUGCCUUCAGAGUGGAGAAGGCUAAACAAAAAUCUGCCCAGCAGGAGCUGAAGCAAAGACAACGAGCAGAGAUCUAUGCUCUCAACAGAGUCAUGACAGAGCUGGAGCAGCAGCAGUUUGACGAGUUCUGUAAGCAGAUGCAGCCGUCUGGGGAGUGAGCCAGCCUUCCAGUCAGAGGACCUGGAACCUUUGUCUGUGAGCCUCUUCCCACUGUUAGGCUGAGCUGGCCCACUGGAGCCUUACAGAACUAGACAGACUGUGGAGAACUCUGCACUGAACUUCCUGUAGGUAACUUCCACCACUCUGGUUUCUCCUCUCAGAACUGGCCCAGUGCUUGCUGGGUAGAUUUUUCAUCUAGGACAGCAGAUUUUUUAAACCUUUUUUCUAUUGUUUGAGAAAAAUCAUUGUUUCUUGUGAAACUGUGUGUCUUCCCUAAAAAAUAAUAAAAUACAGAAUGUU